GCUUGAAUUGAAAGCUCCGAAAAGAGGGAAGAGUGUGAAAAAACAGAGAACUUCCUCCCACCAUGCUUUCAGAGGAAAUAUCUGAGGCAUGACUGAGCUUCUGAAGCCCAUUCUCCGGGACGGAACUUCGACUCCGCUCCGGCUCCGGCAGAUGCUUCCGUUCAGCUUCCUCUCCUCCUCCUUUCCCAAACCUUCGUCCGUCUUCGUUCACCCGUCUCAUUCCCCGAAAGAGGCCCUCUCCCAAAGCUUCCCCCGUCUCUCCAACAAGAAGCUAUCUUCAGCUUCGACGGCCGCACAGUCCCACGGUUCAUCGAGUAGCACCAGUUCGCUGCGAAGCGUAGAGGGGGUUUCGUUCGACCCAAAGGCUGUGAGCCAAAAUCAUGGCCUUCCCGCCAUUUGGCUCCAGUCCUGUUCCUGCGCCAAGGACGUUCAGCAGGUGCACGCGCUUGUGUUGAAGUCCCUGGGCAGCGUGGACACGUAUACUAACAACAACCUGGUGACUGGGUACUAUAGGUUCGGUCGUUUGGGUGAUGCCAGGAAGGUGUUCGACGAAAUGCAGGAUCGAAAUGUUGUGUCUUGGACGGCCAUGAUUAAUGGGUACAUUUGGUUCGGGCUCGAAGAUGAGGCCUUGCGACUGUUCCUCAACUCCUUCGGUUGUGGGGUCCGUGCAAACUGCAAGACUUACGUUUGUGUUCUAAACAUCUGCAGCAAGAGGACGGAGUUCGAGCUUGGGAGACAGAUCCAUGCUUCAGUCAUGAAAACCGACUCAAGGAACCUGAUUGUUGAUAGUGCCCUCGUCCACUUCUAUGCCAAGUGCGGUGAGCUCGAGAGCUCAUUUUGCAUGUUUGACCAGAUGAUCGACCGUGAUGUGGUCACGUGGACUACAAUGAUAAGCGCCUGCGCUCAGCAUGGGCACAAGAGGCAGGCCCUCUUGAUGUUCUUGGAGAUGCUGCGUGAUGGGUUGUUGCCGAAUGAGUAUACUGUUUGCAGCAUUCUGAACGUUAGCGGGGAGUUGAAAGCCCUUGAGUUUGGGAGGCAGUUGCAUGGAGCAAUCGUCAAAAAGAUGGUCAAAUACGAUGUUUUCGUGGGGACGUCUCUUGUGGAUAUGUAUGCCAAGUGCGGAGAGAUAAUCGAAUCGAGAAAAGUGUUCGUGCGAAUGAGGAACCGUAAUACCGUCACAUGGACUUCUCUAAUAGCAGGGUAUGCUCGGAAGGGACUCGGGGAAGAGGCCAUAGCCCUUGUCCGGGAGAUGAAGAGGAAGAACAUAUUCGCAAAUAACAUGACCAUCGUGAGCAUUUUGCUUGCAUGCGGUUCGCUAAGAAAUAUGCAUUUGGGAAGGGAAAUUCAUGCGCAGAUAGUGAGGAAAUUCAUGCAGACAAAUAUCCACAUCAGCAGCACUCUCGUGUGGUUGUACUGUAAAUGCGGGAAGUACUCCUAUGCCUCCAAUGUGCUACAGAAGAUGCCCUUCAGGGAUGUCGUCUCAUGGACCUCGCUGAUAUCGGGCUGUGCCGAUCUAGGGCAGGAAGCAGAAGCUCUAGAGCUGUUGAAGAGAAUGUUGGAAGAAGGGGUAGAGCCCAACUCGUUUACUUACUCUUCGGCCCUGAAGGCGUGUGCCAAGUUGGAGGCAGGCUCCAUCGGGAGACUAAUUCACUCCUCUGCGAAUAAGAAACCUGCCAUGUCUAAUGUGUUUGUGGGCAGUGCCCUGAUCCACAUGUACUCGAAGUGCGGUUUUCUGUCAGAGGCAAUCAGGGUUUUCGAUGGCAUGCCUGAGAGGAACUUAGUCACGUGGAAAUCAAUGAUAAUGGGAUAUGCGAGGAAUGGGCAGUGCCAAGAGGCUUUAAAGCUUCUCUACCGAAUGAGAGCGGAAGGGAUUGAGGUGGAUGAUUACGUGCUUGCUGCAGUUCUAACAGAAUGCGGAGGAGUUCAGCUGGACAUGGAGCCUUCAGCAGAGCACUGCUUGCAGUCCACGAGAUGUUGAGAGGUUGGUGCUCAAGUUGAAUCUCUGUAUCUGUGGGGGAUUUGAGACAUACAUACGGCCAUACCUGUAAAGGGGGAGACGAUGUCAAGAGAACCAUCAGAAGAAAGGGUUGUGGCGCGGCAUAUACAGCAUAAUCUCGUUCUCGGGCUGUUUUUUGUUAAUCUCCACAGUGCAAGAGCCAUGGGCAGUUCCGUUGAAUUUUAAACGGAUGACAUAUAACAUCAUUGAUAUCGAGUGGACAACUGUGUAAGAGGUGAAGAUGUUAAGAGUAGCUGACCAAAUUUGUAUUGAUAAUCAAAUACUCUCUCUGUAUAUAAAUUUUUGGUAACAUAUUCGUGAGUGUAUAAUUGUGUA